CUUAGUGUGUGAAAUAGACAGAAAUUUAGAGACAUAUCUGAAAAGUAGAUCACUAGAAAAGCAGGUUAAAAUUGAAAGGAAGAUCAAAUAUAAGCGACCGCAGAGAUCAUCUGAUGAAAUCCAUCACACAUUAGAAGACGAUUCCCAUCAGGUGAUGUCUCUCUUCUGAAGCCUGUUUUUAUCAGUAAUGGGCUGUGCACAGUGCAAAAAGAAGGAAGAAAAAGCAGUGGAUGUAAGUGUGGAGAGCUUCUCCAGUCCACGCUAUUUCCCGGAUCCUACAACAGUACGCAACCAAGACUUUAGCAUUUCUACUAUCAACUCAAUAUGUGUAGUCGGAGGACCUUUCUUGGGUGGAGGACAGAGAGGCAUGGGUGUCACUGGAUCUUCAGGAGCAACAACCUUCAUUGCCCUGUAUGAUUAUGAGGCUCGGACAGAAGAUGACCUAACUGUUGUGAAGGGAGAUAAAUUCCACAUUUUAAAUAACUCUGAGGGUGACUGGUGGGAAGCUCGAUCACUGCGUUCAGGAAAAACAGGAUACAUCCCUAGUAACUAUGUAGCUGCUAUAGAUUCGAUCCAAGCAGAAGAGUGGUAUUUUGGUAAACUUGGCAGAAAAGAUGCAGAGAGGCAUUUGCUGAGUGAAGGCAAUAUUCAAGGAAGUUUUAUGAUCAGAGAAAGCGAAACUACAAAGGGUGCAUUCUCACUCUCUGUUCGUGACUGGGAUAAUAAAAGAGGAGAUCAUGUCAAACAUUACAAGAUCCGCAAGAUUGACAACGGAGGAUAUUAUAUCACAACACGAGUUCAGUUUGACAGUGUGCAGGAGCUGGUCCAACAUUACACAGAAUUCAAUGAUGGUCUUUGCCAAUUGUUAACGAAGCCUUGUGUCAACCUAAAGCCUCAAACAAUGGGACUUGCAAAAGAUGCCUGGGAAAUAGCAAGGGAGUCUAUCACGCUAGAUAAAAAGCUGGGACAGGGCUGCUUUGGAGAUGUUUGGAAAGGUACAUGGAAUGGUACAACUAAAGUAGCUGUGAAGACACUGAAACCAGGCACUAUGUCCCCAGAAGCAUUUUUGGAGGAGGCUCAGAUUAUGAAAAAGCUUCGCCAUGAUAAACUGGUCCAGUUAUAUGCAGUGGUUUCUGAGGAGCCCAUAUAUAUUGUCACUGAAUAUAUGUUACAGGGAAGCUUGCUAGAUUACCUGAAAGAAAAGGAAGGGCAAUACUUGAAGUUACCACAGUUAGUGGAUAUGUUAGCACAGAUAGCUACGGGUAUGGCGUAUAUUGAAAGAAUGAAUUAUAUUCAUCGUGAUCUUAGAGCCGCCAAUAUUUUGGUGGGUAACAACUUGAUUUGUAAGAUAGCAGACUUUGGCCUUGCACGGCUCAUCGAAGACAAUGAGUACACAGCUCGACAAGGUACCAAAUUUCCCAUCAAAUGGACAGCUCCUGAGGCCGCUAUGUAUGGAAGAUUCACCAUUAAAUCUGACGUCUGGUCAUUUGGAAUUCUAAUGUGUGAGCUGGUGACGAAGGGAAGAAUUCCGUAUCCAGGUAUGAGUAAUAGAGAGGUACUGGAGCACGUAGAAAGGGGCUACCGCAUACCAUGCCCUUCAGAUUGCCCCCCAUCUCUUCAUGACCUUAUGCUACAGUGCUGGAAGGGGGAUCCCGAGGAACGUCCUACAUUUGAGUACUUGCAGUCCUUUUUGGAAGACUACUUUACAGCUACUGAGCCACAGUAUCAGCCUGGGGACACUAUCUAAAGCUUAAGUGUGAUGGCAGCAAAGAACAUGGAGUAAAACUUCAUGAAGGAGGUUACUGAAGGAUGUUAACCUUCAGAAGAUAGAGAGAUGAAGAUAUAUUGAGUGACCUUGAAGUUUUUGCAUCCAACUAUGGGAUGGUACCUGAAUUUUUAAAGUCAGACUAUACUUGAAGUGCCAAAAUGAGCAACAAUGACCAUAUCACCAGCAAUAUCAAGUAAAUUUCAUACAAACGCAUAUGAUUAUGAAUGAAUGUGUUGUAGACAAGCCAUAAUAGCUAUGAUAAUAUGUACUUUGGAAUCUCUCAAAUGUCCUGUUUGCUUUAUGCUAUGUUCUACACAGUGUUUUUGUGUGAAACUUAUGUGAAAAUAUACAUAGUAAGAUUCUGUUGCAUAUCCAUACCAUUUAUGUAUUAAAUACUGUUUUACU